AUGGAAGCAGAACAGGUUCACAAUGUCAACACUGAGCGCCCAGGGAAAAGAUAUUUUGCCAACCUAUCUAUGUCAGAAACUGGAUUAAAAUUUAAGAAUGUCAAAUUCCAGAUAGACACUGCAGCUACAUGCAAUACAAUUUCUGAGGCUACACUUAAAACAUUCUUACCAGACACUAAGAUUCAGAAAUACUGUCACUUACCAUACCCUUACGGCAACAGUAAGCCACUGCACCCCAUUGGUCAAGUAGAACUCCUUUGUGAAAGAGAAAGAAAAUUUGAAACCUUAACCUUUCAAGUCCUACCACCGUCCGUCAUGCAAAAUAAACCUGGUCUACUCUCAGGAACUGACUCUGAGAGACUAGGGUUGAUAACGAUUAAAGCAGAUGAAAUAUUUACACUAUCCACAGCAGUAAAGAGUAAGAUGGGGAAUCCAGAUAACUUACCAAGCUUUAAGCUCUUCCCUGCCCAGGAAAGAUACAGUGAUUUCACGUCAACAGGCCCAAAGCAGCAAGGGGCUGCUAACGAUAGUAACUCACUCACAUGCAACCAUCAAGAGCAAACUCAUAACAAUUGCCUAAAAUUAUGCACACCACCACUCACGCCCUCGAAACCCAUUAAAAUACCUGCUAUUAGGAAAUUACCACCACCAGGUCAACUGAAGGAGGAACACAUAUUGCAAGAAUAUGCAGAAACGUUUUCAGGUCUCGGGUGCCUGGGUCCUCCUGUUCAUUUCACGACAAAAGAUAACAUGUCACCCAUCCAAAUGCCAGUCCAUAGAGUUCCCGUAGCGAAAAGAGAGAAAGAGAAGGUAGCACUGGAUCGGUACGAACAGGAAGGAAUCAUUAAGAAAGUGGAAGAGCCUACCCCCCAUGGUGUUCAAAUGAAUUGA